GGGGAGAGAGCGAGGGCUUCGGCCACAACCGGUGAAGAGGACGGGGGCAGAUCUGAAGGGAGAGAGAAAGAAAUAGCGCUGGAUCUGUUUUAUCCCCAAAGGAUUCUUCACGCAUCGCAUCAUCGGGUUUAUCAUCCCAUACCUUUUGAAUCAAGCCAAGGUCAUAAUCCUGACAACUUCAGCACCCACAAAUUCCACAAAACACACACAGAGAGAGAAAGAGAGGUCCACGUUUGGCAUCACAUAUUGCGCCAGAGAAUUCCGCCCUGCGAUGCGGCCACAGUAACUUAUCCCCCAGGACCUGCCAUUCGCCAAGUGGGUGCGGGGGUAUACGCAAGACGGGUGUAGUAAAAGAGAGCUCGUGGUACAUAUUUGACCUUGUCCGCAGCGUCGUCAUUCGCUUCUGUCGGAAAUUUCUUCGCGUAUAUUUGGAAGGGUGGACUCAGCAGCUAUUCUUUUAGGCUUGUGGCAUUCGGGUUGAGAGCGGGUUGUUGGAGUGUUUGAGUGGAUCUGUAGAGGAGGAGGGAGGGAGGGAGCGAGAGAGGAAGAGAGUCAUGACGUCCAUUACAAACGGCGCGGCGGUGGUGGAAGAAUCAACCACAACAGUUGGGAAUGCUGAGAAAUCUUCUCUUGUAUCGCAAGGGAGUGGAUCUCAACCCGCCCGAGGGACGGCUUCCAAAUAUGAUUUCGUCAAGGUGAAGGUGUGGUUGGGGUCCAAUGCAGAUCAUUAUUAUAUUUUGUCGCGGUUUUUGAUCAGUCGCAUGCUGCUAGUUACGAAGAUUCCAAAUCACGUCGCCAUUAAGAUCUCUCUGGAGCUCAAGAAAUUACUCAUUGACAACAGCUUGCUUGAUGUGUCGCAGUCAGACCUGGAGGCCAAUUUAUUUAAGCUGAUGGAGCGACGUGGUUAUGGCGCUGAAUACAUUGAGCGUUACAAAAUGAUGACGAGGUUUCAUCACCAAAGGUUGCCACUCAUUAUUCUUGUGUGCGGCACUGCGUGUGUUGGCAAGUCCACUCUGGCCACUCAACUUGCCCAGCGCCUUAACUUACCGAACGUCUUGCAGACUGAUAUGGUCUACGAAUUACUUCGCACCUCCUCAGAUGCGUUGAACAGUGCUCCUCUUGCAUCUAAGCCUGUUUGGUCUCGAGAUUUUGCAUCGUCUGAGGAGCUGGUCACAGAGUUUUGCCGCGAAUGCCGUAUCGUCCGCAAAGGUCUUGACGGUGAUCUAAAGAAGGCGAUGAAAGAUGGGAAGCCAGUGAUUAUUGAGGGGCUUCAUUUGGAUCCAUCGAUCUAUCUAAUGAACGAGGAAAGUGGCGGGUUCGGGAGUGGUACGUUACAAAUUAAGGCCGUACCUGCAGCAGCCAAUUCGGUGGCAAUCGCGGGAAUCGACAAAGAUGGUAAAAGAGCUACCGCUGAAGCUGCAGUGACCAAAGAAGAGGCAAAAUCCCCAGCCAAAUGGACGCCACCGAAGUGCAUUAUUGUGCCUGUCGUGCUUAAGAUGGCUGAUGUUGAUCACCAGACUCUACUGGAAGAGUGGAUCGCUGCACGUGCCGCCGAAACCGGAGAAAAACUCUCUGUUGCGGAAAAGGAAGCUUUGAUCAAAAGACUUCAAACUAUUCAGGACUAUCUCACAUCUUUUGAGUCACAAGGAAUGACGGUAGUGAACCUAUCCGCCACAACGUUCCCACAGACAUUGGACUGGAUGCACAGCUAUCUCUUGGAGUGCAUCAAACAAGGGUCUACAGCGCCUCCUACUUGUGCUGGCUCUUAAUUCAUGUACCAGGGUAUAUUGUCCCACAUUUUCCAUAUAUGUACCAUCCUGGGAUUAGUUAGUCUCUAUGUUUUGAGUUACCAUCAACUGGGUUCAUGGUGUAUGAAGAUAUGCAUAUCCCAACACGCAAAUUCUGAUCAGAAUUAGUGAAAGUGGUUCCUUAAGGGUUUUAUAUCCUUAGUGAAGUUGAAACGGGGACAAUGCAAGAUCUUGGGAAAUAUCUUAUGAAAUUGGAGCUUAACUACCUUGGCUUGAAUACCACAUUCAUAAUAGGCCCUUGGAAUAAAUAUUUGAUUGGAUCAAGAGCA